UAAUGACACUUAGCUGCAUUGGGAGAUGUUUCCAGUUGAAGAAUAGAAUAGAAUGGAAUAUGACUAAGGAUUCUUUAAUAGUUUUGCCCCUUCUCCAACCAAUUAGAGAGGGAAGAUCACAUCUGGGGAUGUGUUGAAUGAUGUGCCAAUGUUUGUUUAUUAACUUUUUGAUUUUCAUAGAUAAGCUAGAAAACUCAAAGGUGAAUGUUAUCCUCUGUUGUUUAAUUAUUUCCUGUUUUUGAAAAAGUUGCUCCCUAUUAAUAUUGGACACCCUCUGGACUGUAUUGUUGAUAAUGUGUUCUGGGUAUCCUCUAUUUUGAAUUUAUUUAGCUAACGUUCUGGAGUCCUGAACAAAAACCCCAGGUUGAGAUGAGUUCCGUUUUAUUCUAAUCAUUUGACUGGAAGGGAGGCUGUCUCUCAAGUGUCAUGAAUGAAAGGACUCAUAUCUUAAAAGGGAAUGUUUAUCUGCAGAUUUAGUAUGAUUUUUAACGCCCAAUUGCCCUUUGGAAGCUUAUAUACACAGUCAUGUCUAAAAAGGAGAUGGCCUAUCUGUUAUGUUGCAAACUAAAUUUAAUCGUGGGAUGAACUAAAUUAAGCCAAUUGUUCACUGGAAAAAUAAAUGUGUCAUCUAUAUAGCCUUUUAUCAUGGAAAUAAGGGUUAGUGUUGGGAUCCAAAACCAUUGUUUUUCAAAUUGACACAUGAAUAAAUUUGCCUCACUAGAGGCAAAUGGUGAACCCAUUGAAACAACUCUGAUUUUGUAAUAAAAAUUGUGAUCAAAUCUGUGGGGGAAAUCCUUUCUAAAAUCAAGCCAAUUAAUUCCAUCAGGAAGAAGGGAGGGAGGGGGUCAAAAGGCUUCCAAGCAUUUAGAGUAUCCUCAAGAACUAACCUCGCCUCAUCCAAGGGAAUAGAUGUGUACAAAGACUGUAAAUCUAAAGUGACUAGAAUAUCUGAUUCCAUCAUUGUACUUUGUUCUAUGAUUUGAAUGAAAUGUGUAGUAUCCUUAAUAAACGUAUCUGACUUACUAACAUGAGACUGUAAAAAAUGAUCAACACAUUUUGAUAGAUGUUCCAGGACUCAACCCAUGCCAGAAAAAAAUUGAAUGACCAGUUGAGAUUCCUGUAUUGAGGGGGCUGGACUAGAUGACCCUUAAGUCCCUUCUGACUUUACAAUUCUAUGAUUCUAUGGGAAAGGCUCCUGAGAACAUACAGUAAUUUAGAAUAGUCAUAACUUCACUACAUUAUGUGCCUGGCAAAGAUUUAUAAAUUUUCUUAGCUCUCUAUGCUAUUCUGAGUUAGCCUUUUUUCCAUGCUGUCUCUUAUUAAUUUCCAAUGUCAUUUUGUUCUUGUCUUAUGUGUAGGCGUAAAAGCAACCGGAGUUUAAGAAGCCCACUAAACACACCAAAUCUGCAUUUCACAUUCCUAUUAUGGGAGACCUUAAAAAAAUUCUUGAAAGAGGAGACUAUAUUCCCUUGAGAUCUGCUCCUGUGUUUGAAAGCAAUUUUGUUCAGGUGAAUAGAAGGGGUGAAUCAAUUUACCUUCACAAUCGCCCCAACUAUGUGACCAUGGGCAUUUUUGCCUCCAGCUCAAGCCAGUCAUUGCCAAAUGUGAUGGUGCUUGCACAUGCAGCUUCUUCGUCCUCCCAGGAAGCCAUUUCAGCACGCCCAGCAAGCAGAAGGCAAUCAAAUUCUGAAGAUGAACUAGUGCUCACCAGGUUCUUGCCCUUGAAGUUUGUAGAUGUUACUGUUCACAAUGCUAAGAAAAGACGCAUCAAACUGAAGCUGGUGAGUGGCCGUGCCUACUACCUAGAACUCUGUGAGCCACUACAGAAACAGCCCCAGCUCUUCCGACAGUGGGUGCGGCUCAUCAGUCUACUGAAAUCUAAAUAUAAAACUUCUUCAGUCAAUACCCUAUAUAAAGAUUUUAAGACUCAGGAGGAAAACAGAGCCACAACAAGCAAGGCACUACAAGGAUACAAUCAAGCAGAGACUCCCACAAAACCACAAACCAGCCAAGAGCCAAUAAUAAAACCAGAAAUAAUCAAGAAAAUGCCUUCGAAACGAGUCACCAUUUCUGAUAUAGUAGGUCCUAUUGAAGAAUUUCCUAAGAGCCAUAGCCAGGCCACAGUUUCUUCUGACAGCUGCAUGAAAAAUCCCAGUGCUGCAAACUCAGAAAAACUGAAGUAUAGUCAAGAAUUAAUGAAGAGGACUAUCUCAAGGAGUAAAUCUAGGGGACAAGAAUUUUUUUCUAUUACGGGGAAAAGACUGCAGACUGCAGGGAUCCUAAAGAAUGUCAGUAAGCCAAGGUAGUUUUUUACAACUAGCAUUAAAAACGGAUCUCUGUACAUCUGAUACGAAAAGGAAGCAAACAAACUGAAGACACUGAGCAAAAGAAGAGAACAACAUGUUCAGAUGGGGAUUAGAAAUCUAGAAACUGUAGAAUUGUUCCAUUCUAAUAUAAUAAAAAUAAACAUGGUUAAAAGAGUA